AUGUAUCGUGAGGAUAGUCUCAGAAAAUCCGCUAUUAAUUAUUUAACAAUCAAUAUGAUGAAAAGUAGUUGGACUUUAGCUAAAGAUGAUUUAGAUAAAAUAGAACCAGAUACAUUAAUACCGCAUUUAAGUUAUUUAUCUGAUUAUGCUGAACUAUAUAUCAAACAAGAUAUUCAUAAUCAACAACGAUAUCAUGAACAAGCUAUACAUAUGCCAUUUACUUGGACAGCAAUUAGAUUACAUGAUAUUUUCCAAGAAAUUGUACAUGAAACAAUUAUAUCAAACCAUUGUAAUACAUCAUUUGCUAAUACAGAAUUAAUUAAUUCAUCUGUUAAAGCUUCGAAACAAAAAAGUCAUGAAUCAUGUGUUUUUUGUAAUACUUAUGGAAAUUUUCAUCGUUCACGUGAUGAAAGUUCAACAAGAAAUAUUUCAAGAAGAAAUGAAGAUCGACAAAUUUCAACAUCAUUACCGACAGCAACUGUAUCAUCAACAAAUACAAAUACGAGAAAUGUUUCAUCAAAAUUAGCUAGUGUUCGUUCAAGUUUACUUUAUUUUCAACUCUAUGCUGCAAGAAGUCCAUCAUUAUCAGUGGUAGAUGAAAUGGCACUUGCGACCAAUAGUAAUCUUAUGUCAACAAGUUUAUUUCCAUUUUACCAUAUAUUUUCUUGA